AUGACUCAAGAAGGAGUCGGGAAAGAAGUAGGAACCUCGGGUGGCGUGGCCAGUCCAUCCAAACAGGGAACAUCAUCUCCUGGUGUCGCGGGUGAGGGCUCAUUUUCCGAAGAGAUGGAAGAAGUCUCGAAUAUGUCUAAUGGCGACGCUACCAAGAAACGGAAGAAGGUUCUAGAUUAA